AUGCCGACGCGAACAAAGUCGAGAACACCGGCGCAGGUGCAGAUGGCGAGGGUCAUAACCAUCUACGUCCAGCACGUUAUGAAAUUACAGGCUGGUGAAGUGGAAAAUGCGCCACGGGCUGAUAUUGCGCCUCCCAAUGGCGCUUUCCCUUCUUUCGACUUUUUUUGCGCAGAGUUUGUGCCCGGUAUAUCGUUGGAAAAGUACGCGCAGCGCCUUGUAACAUACAUGAAAUGCACUUCUGAAGCCUUUAUCUUUGCUCUUGCGUACAUCCGACGUUUUUUCCAUUUAGGCUUUCCACUACACUUGCGCUCCAUUCAUCGAGUCCUUCUCACCUCUAUGGUGGUUGCGGCCAAAACACGGGAUGAUCUUUACUGUUCGAUGAGCUACUAUGCGCAGGUGGGCGGAGUGAGUAACCGCGAUCUUAACAUGAUGGAGCUUCGGCUUUUGGUCGAUUUGCUUGAUUUUAGGGCAGAAAUACUACCAGAUGAGUAUCGGGCAGUUUGCAGCGACAUUACAGCUGCUGUGUCGAUGGAAAAGGUCUCCAGCAGCCUAUCUGAGUUGUGCGGUGUUACCGCCUGCAACACUCCCAUAGACGUUGUAAAAACGCCCUCACUUGCAAAGCCGCAGUGGAUCACCGACUGCCAGUUGUAUUGGUAG